AUGGAGAAACUCCAGCAAGUGAAGGGCUCCUUGAAACCCAGAAAGGCAACUCCUCAGCCAGGAGAAGAUGCCUUGAACUGCCAUCUUCCCCCUGGCUGGCAGAGCUAUAUGUCUCCCCAGGGCCGCAGGUACUAUGUGAACACCUUCACGAAUGAGACAACCUGGGAGCGGCCAAGCAGCGUGCCUGGGACUCCAAAGAGCCCUGGGACUCAGAGGAGCCCUGCAGUGAAUGGCUACCACGUCUCUGGGACCCCAGUACAUCAGCUGGACUCCAGUCAUAUGAGCCUCCGAAAAGUCAGUGGGGACCCACAGAUAAACUGUGUGACUUUCCCCCACCCUGAUGGAAUGCCGGAGCAGCAGUUGCUGAAACCUUCAGAAUGGAGCUACUGUGAUUAUUUCUGGGCUGAUAAGAAGGAUUCACAAGGGAACAAUACAGUAUCAGGAUUUGAAAUUCUUCUUCAAAAGCAACUUAAAGGGAGACAGAUGCAGAAAGAAAUGGCAGAAUUUGUUCGAGAAAGAAUAAAGAUUGAGGAAGAAUAUGCUAAGAACCUCUCCAAACUUUCUCAAAACUCCUUGGCUGCUCAAGAAGAAGGAACACUGGGAGAGGCUUGGGGUCAACUAAAGAAGAGUCUAGCAGAUGAAGCAGAGGUUCAUCUCAAAUUUUCGUCUAAGCUUCAGAGCGAGGUAGAGAAACCCCUGCUCAACUUUAGAGAGAACUUUAAGAAAGACAUGAAAAAGUGUGACCAUCAUAUUGCAGACUUACGGAAGCAUCUGGCCAGCCGCUACGCAGCAGUCGAAAAGGCCCGGAAAGCCUUGACAGAGAGACAGAAGGAUCUGGAAAUGAAAACUCAGCAACUAGAGGUGAAGCUCAGCAACAAGACAGAAGAAGAAAUUAAAAAGGCCAGACGGAAGUCUACCCAGGCAGGAGAUGACCUGAUGCGCUGUGUGGAUCUUUACAAUCAAGCCCAGUCCAAGUGGUUUGAAGAAAUGGUGACCACCACUCUGGAGCUUGAGAGACUAGAAGUAGAAAGGGUGGAGAUGAUUCGACAGCAUCUUUGCCAGUAUACACAGCUGCGGCAUGAGACAGACAUGUUCAACCAAAGCACAGUAGAGCUUGUGGAUCAGUUGCUUCGGAAAGUGGAUCCUGCCAAAGACAGAGAACUCUGGGUGAAAGAACACAAAACUGGAGAUAUCCGACCUGUGGACAUGGAAAUAUAGACUGAUAUGUGGUUAUAUGUGAUGGGUCCACUGAAUUAACCAGGCUAAAUUUUUUUUUUUUUUUUUAGUAGUCAGAAGAGCACAGAGAGAAGGUUGUUCCACUACCAGACACCUUGUAAUUUAUGCCUGCACGGGCUAUCUCUGUUACAUUUAGUCAUUAAAAUGGUCCUCAUUGUGCUAAGCCUUAAGCACCAAACAUUCCAGGGUUAAACCAGGUGUGCACUUCCCACCAGAGGUUCCCAAUUGGACGCAGCUUCUAGAAGAAAUCUGCUUUCUGGUACAGAGAGCUCUGUUCUUCAGUGACUUUGUGCUACAACCCUUGCAUGAUUCUGUUUAUAUGGUAUGUUAGAACAACCAUGCAAUGAGCUUCUGGCUAGCAAGUAGGUAACUAUUUGAACAUGAUGCAGGAAGCAAGGACGUCAUGAAUCCCAGGUCUGUCACUGACUGCUUACAUGGCCAUAGGCUGGUCAAUUAACUUUUCUGGCUCCCACAUCUAUAAUAAACAUACUUCUCACAUCAA